AUGUCAGUGUUGAAUAACUUUACUGUGUCGAUAGCUAAAGGAUUGCGCCGUUUAAGAAAUAAGGAGCUGCCGAACCGCCGCCAGCAUGGCUCUAAGGAACACAGGUUGAAGAUGGAUAAAUGCCUCAUUGUUUCAAAGGUCACGAGAUACGAGUAUGAGAAACAUAGCCACGAUAACGUGUCCGACGCUGAGCUUGAAAAGAUACUGCGCAAUAGGGGGUCCGAUUACGAAACGAUGAUAUCGAACCAUCGAGAACAAAAAACAUUCGAGGAAGGCGUCGCCAGGACCCUGAAGGAGAUGGGCGCGAAUGUCGAGAUGGCCAGCAGGUUAACGUAUAACGAAGAAAUGAUAAAGUGGUGUGAUGCGGUGGUGCCGUGUGGCGGAGAUGGAACCUUCCUUCUAGCUGCUUCUAGAGUUAGGGACGCCAACAAACCUGUGAUAGGCUUCAACAGCGCCCCCCACAAAUCCGUCGGCAGACUCUGCCUACCGACUUGGUGCUCGAACGACUUGAAGGGUGCGUUGCAAGCUUUGAAAGAGGGAAAGUUCCGAUGGAUGCGCAGAUCGAGGAUACGCACGACGAUCACCAGCGAGCCAAAGCUGCUGGACACCAUCACACCAGUUGACCUGCAUACGCUGCACUAUUGCAGAUAUCCCCCCGUUUCUCACCAAGAGGAUGGCCAAGAAACGAGCGAUAGACUGAAAGACCCACACGAAGACACCAAUUCUAGUUUAGCCACGAAGGUGUUGCCAUUCCUAGCCUUGAAUGAGGUGUUUAUCGGCGAAAGUGUGACGUCACGUGUGUCUCUCCUCCGCCUCAAGAUAGAUAAUGGUCAAUGGACGCACACUAAGAGUUCGGGGCUGUGUGUGACGACCGGAACUGGUAGCACUUCGUGGCACUACAGUAUUAACUGCCUGCGGACUCACUCUGUUCUGCAGCUGAUGAAGAUACUAAACGAAGAGUACGGCGUCUGCGUCGACACGUCUUUGGAGAAGGCGAGAGAUGUCACAGAGAAAUACAAUCAGAAGCUCAUGUUUCCACCAGACUCGGAGCAGCUGGCAUACUCGGUACGUGAGUACAUAACUUUCGAAGAGUGGCCCACACCUCGAGGGCUGCGGGUUCGAGACCGCGCUGAAGCGGUCACUGUUCGAAGCCAUUGCACUGAUGCAGGUCUGGUAAUAGAUGGAAGUGUGUCGUUUCCCUUCAACGAUGGGACACAAGCCUUAUUAGAGAUUCAUCCGGAGGAUUCCCUUAUGACUGUGCAUAUGGAUGACGCUUUGCCGUAUUAG